AUGGCAGCUGAAGAUAAGUGGAAACAGAAUUGGUGUAUUACUACUAAAGAAAAAUUUUAUAUCCUUCUUCUUAUGGAUAGCUCUAACAUUCUAUCUUCCAUAAUGGAUGCAGAAACUAGCAAUUCUGCUGAAUCGUGUGUCGACAAAACGCUUAAACUUUUCGGGUUUGAGCUAAACCCGUUCCGAAACGGUGAAACCUGCAUGAAACCGCCCCUGGAAAGAGACGAAAGUGUUAACUCAUCAUCAAACGACGAGAAACCUGUCAAACUGAAAAGCUCGACGGGCGAUGAUAAUAAAAACAAUCCUGAAGAUUGUAAGAAAUUCGAGUGUCAGUAUUGUUUGAAGGAGUUUGCGAAUUCGCAGGCUUUAGGAGGUCAUCAGAAUGCUCAUAAGAAAGAAAGAAUGAAGAAGAAAAGAUUGCAACUUCAAGCCAGGAAAGCCAGCCUCAGUUGCUACCUUCAGCCUUUCCAGAACAAUCUCAUUCAUCAUCGCCAAGGUCCGACGCAAUGGUUCUACGAUCCUAAUCCGGAAUUCACACUUCUCGACGAGUCUCAGAUUAGUUUCAAUCCGUACGAUCAAUUAGAUUCGCAUUUGCAGAAUGGAUCAAAGUUGUGCGAUGUACCUGAUCGUAUGUUCACUUUAACACAUUCUGAAAAAACGAGACACAUCAGGCCGAUCAUCAGAAAGACUGCUUCAAAGCAAACCUGUAAAUCUUUGGAUCUUCAGUUAGGUCUUAGUUUACAAUCAAAUAUGAUAUAGAAAUAUUUUAUUCAUGAUUACAUAUAUUCAUCUGUAAUUCAAUUUCCUUAUACGAAAUCAUUAUUGGAUUAUAAGACAUGGUCAGCAAGCACAAUUCCUGUGCUGUUGACAAUUUGCUGCAA